AUGGACUACAGCGCACACGAUCCGGACCAUCCCGGCGGUCGCGACCCAUGGGCUUCAUCGCCGCAAGCCAAUCGAACAUCUUUUGGCCAACCGCCGACUAGCGACAUCCCCUCGUCCCCGCUGCCUCCACAGGCAUCCCCGUACCAUGAUGGCGGCGAGCAAUACGGCUACAUGGGCGAUCAAGAUGCGCAGAGUCGGCCGGGUACGGCGCCCGAGAAUGGCGAUCAUCAACAGCAGCAGCAACAGCAACCGCACGUGUCUGGCCAAGAUGCGCCCCGAUCACCACAAGCGCACCAUGGACAGCAGCCACAACGAUAUCACGGGAACAGGCCGCAGCGACAACAGCAGCAGCAAUAUAAGCUGCAAGCAAAGGUCACAGGACUGGAAAGGAACAGCAAAAAGGAUCCAAUACUACGAUUCGACAUUUAUGUACGUCUAGACAGCAUCAAUCUAGCUGAGCUACGCUUGGGCGAGAUUACCAACCUUCCUAAAUUCCGAACUACGCAGUUCCGCGAUGUGCGACGGCUACACUCUGAAUUCGUCAAGCUAGGCGAGCACCUCAUCUCUGCGUGUCCGGAAGCCAUUGUGCCUGCAGUACCCCCGGCGACGACGUCGGCAGGUGCCGGCACCGACGAGGACGAGGCACGCCUGAAGACGUCAAUACAACGAUGGCUGAACAUUGUCUGCAGUAAUGACAUGCUCAUACGCGAUGAAGAAAUGGUCUUUUUCGUGGAGAGUGACUUUGGGUACAGCCCGGUGGUACGGAGGAAACAACCUGCUACUGGCGUGCGCCGAAAGAUGAUCAAGCAGUUUGCGCCGCCACCGGAUGAUACACCCGAACUUGCUGCUGCGCGGCCGAUCGUAAAGGCUUUCUAUCUGGGCACAAUGGAGGCGGAGCAGAAGCUGGAAAAGGUGGUCAAGCACCGGAGAAAUCUCGGUGUUGCCGAAUCUGACCUUGGUGCCAAGUUCGCAGCAUUACACGUUCAGGAGACACACGUGGGCCUCUCACACGCAUACAAGAAACUCGGCAAGGUCAUCCAGGCCACUGGUGACUUCCAUGCUGCUCAAGGCACUGCUGAAGCGACAACGCUCGGUGACCCUCUGCAAUACCACAGCAGUGACGCCUUCAUUGCCAAAGAAACCCUCACGAACCGGCACAUUCUCCUCCGCGAACUGCUGCAAGCGCAAUCUGCAACAAAGUCGAAACUCUCGGCCGCCGACCGAUUGAAAGCCAGUUCUAGCGUGAAGCGGGACAAGGUUGAUGAAGCUAUUGCCGCCUUGGAUGAGGCUAGGAGUCAUGAGCAAUACCUGACUUCCAAGGCUCAACGCGUCACUGCCAACCUCCUGCAAGAGCAACGGAAAUGGUUCGACAGGACUACGCAGGACAUGCGACAAGCAAUUCGCGAAUACGUUGUCCGCGAAAUCGAGGCAGAGCGCCGCACGCUUGCAACUCUGGAAUCCGUACGACCGGAUAUUCGAGCUAUUGACGGGAGCGGCGGUCUUUCACGACUCGGCCGCGAGGCACAUCCAGCCCAGCGCCGUGUUUCUAUGGCCAGCUCGCAGGGUCCGAAAGGCGACGCUUGGUCAGGAGUGCCACGGCGGCCUGGCGACGGUCUCAAUCGUAGCAUGAGUGGCAGUAUCGUGGCACCCCUACCCGAAGUUGACGAGAAUGAGGGAGAAUCAACAGGUGGACGAAAACGCGCAACGAGCAAAUCCGGAAGCCAGAAGGGCAUCGAAGAAGAUGAUGACCGUAUUGAUGCGAAGAAUGCAGCAAGCCGACUGGCUACUACGACUUUCUAG